CGUCGGGGCGGGACGAGCGUCGUCGCGUCCGGGUGACGUUUCUCGCGGGCGUCGGGCAGGGUCGGCGGCGUCGGCAGCACUGGCGGCGGCGGCGGCGGCGGGUGGGAAAUGGCGGAGUACUUGGCCUCCAUCUUCGGCACCGAGAAAGACAAAGUCAACUGUUCAUUUUAUUUCAAAAUUGGAGCAUGUCGUCAUGGGGACAGAUGCUCUCGGUUGCACAAUAAACCGACCUUUAGCCAGACCAUCUUGAUUCAAAACAUCUAUCGUAACCCCCAAAACAGUGCACAGACGGCUGACGGCUCACACUACCAUUGCCCUCUUGAACAUUUACCGUAACCCUCAAAACUCUUCCCAGUCUGCUGACGGUUUGCGCUGUGCUGUGAGCGACGUGGAGAUGCAGGAACACUAUGAUGAGUUUUUUGAGGAGGUCUUUACAGAAAUGGAGGAGAAGUACGGCGAGGUCGAGGAGAUGAACGUCUGUGAUAACCUUGGAGACCACCUGGUCGGAAACGUGUACGUGAAGUUUCGCCGUGAAGAAGACGCGGAGAAGGCCGUGAUUGACUUGAACAACCGCUGGUUCAACGGACAGCCCAUCCAUGCUGAGCUGUCCCCGGUGACCGACUUCCGAGAAGCCUGCUGCCGCCAGUAUGAAAUGGGAGAGUGUACGCGGGGCGGCUUCUGCAACUUCAUGCACCUGAAGCCAAUCUCCAGAGAGCUCCGGCGGGAGCUGUACGGGCGCCGGCGCAAGAAGCAUCGAUCGAGGUCCCGGUCCCGCGAGCGUCGCUCUCGGUCUAGAGACCGUGGCCGCGGUGGUGGCGGCGGCGGCGGCGGCGGGGGACGGGAGCGCGACAGGAGGCGCUCCAGAGACCGGGAACGAUCAGGGCGAUUCUGAGCCGUGCCGUUUUUACCGUAUGUCUGCUAGAAAGUGUUGUAGUUGAUUGACCAAACAAGUUCAUAAUGGGAAUUUUUUUUAAAAAACAACAAAAAAAAACAAAGAUGGGUUUCUGAAUAAAAUUUGUAGUGAUACAGUA